AUGAGCGGUUCAGGGAGAAAAAGCGUUUCGAAAUGGGAUUCAAAGGAAGAAGACAGUCAGCAUCUUACCGGAAACGAUUACACCUCGAAACCGGGUGCUUAUUUCCGCGACAAAGAUUCCGAGAAUGCACGGUUCUAUCCAGAAGGCAACGGAAGAAACGGAAGCAGAAGGUCUGCUCCUGAUGAUGACGAAGACGAGCAUCAUCUGAAAUCUAGACAACAGCAUUCAGGAGAAGCUUGGCCUCCCUCCAGAAGCAGAGUCUCACAUGAUAACGAAGGUGAUGAUGCCGCCAUGAUGGGUUACUAUGAUAAUAGAAAGUCAUCUGAACAAGACGAAACCAGGCAACCUUAUUUCCGCCAGUCUUCUUCCAGGGAAAGGCCGAGAACUCGCAGGAGUGGGAGUAGAAGUAACAGUAGGAGCAGGAGCCGUAGCCGAAGCCCUUUGCAGAGAGUAAGGAGAGACGCAGGAGGAUCAUACGACAGACACAAGACGAGAGCACGAGUUUCGCCACAGUCAGCGAGAUACAACAGAGCUGGUGAUUAUGAUUGGGAAGCUAAGAACAGAAAGGCAAGAGAUACCAAAUACUAUGCAGAAGAGUCCCGAGAACAGUAUCCUGUGAGGAUGAGUGGGAGGUCUGAGUACGGCUCUGGUUUUCAAGAUGAUAACAGUUCAAGAAGAGAAGCUUCAGAUCCAAGAAGCCACAGAAACGAAUCAGCGAGAGACAGAAGGGAUGUUCCUGAAGGAGAAUUCCACAGGAGCUCGAAUGUUCCGUGCAGGUUUUUCGCUUCGGGUUCGGGUUACUGUCGUAAUGGAAACAACUGUAGGUUCUCUCACCAUGGUCCUGCUAGAGGAGGAAGUCCUGAGAGAAAGCAGCAGAACGAAGCGUUUAGUAGGCAGGACAGUAGUAACAAUCAUCAUAGUGGUACAACAGAGAGGAUGAGGAACAGUCAUAGAUGGAACGAUGUGGAAAGAUCAGAUACAGGAAAGUCCAGUGAGGUCGAGGUUUCUCGUAAAGCAAUGCCUGAAGCUAAGGGGAAUAAUAAUGGUAGCUGGAUUGAUGAUAUGGAGAUGUCACCAGAUUGGAACUACGGAGUUAAGUCUCUAAAGAAACCUAUGAACGAUGCCAUAUCUCAGAGCUCACAACAAUCACGAGUCGUUAAAGAUGCUUUACCACCUGCUUAUGAGGAUGGAAAUCAAAGAAGCAUUGGUAUGUUUCCAUCUGUUGGAGAAAAGGCUGUAGUAGCUUCUUCGCAUCACAGUUUCAGUAACAACCUCGCUCACUCGGCUCUUCCUCCUCCUCCUCCUCCUCCGGUGCAAGCAUUCAGUCAGAACAUUGAGAAUCAUAGUGCAGUGCCAGUGCCAGUGCCUUACCAAAACACUGUUGGAGGAAGUCAACAAGUGAUGCUACCUGCUGCUACAAACCUUCCCGGUGGCUUGAACUCGGGCAUUCCUGAGAAUGGGAAUGCUCAAAACAGUGUGAGUAGGGAAGAGCUCAAUCAUAUUAGCAACAUCUCAGCAUCUCUAGCACAGUUUUUUGGAAACGGGCAGCCGAUUCCGAUUCCGCAACUUCAUUCUACUUUGAAUCCUAACCAGGCAAUGCAGGUGCCUGAAGUAUAUGGAAAACAGGAGCAGUCUUUGCAUACUCAGAUUGAUAACUCAGUAGGAGUUCCGGUGGUUACUGCGUCACAGAUCAACAACGAUUUGGUCUCAUUAGCUGAAAUUCCAAAUGCUUCAGUUGAGGAAGAGAGGGUCAAGACGACAGAGGAAGAAGCUAGGAAAGAGCCAGAAGGGAUUAAGGCUGGAGAAGAAGAAGAAGAAGAGGAUAUCGCCGAGGAUGCUGAGAACGUACCAGAGGAAGAAGAUGAUGAUGUUGGGGCUGGUGAUGAGAACAACAAGAAAGGAGGAAAAGAUCCAAAGGGAAUGAGAGCGUUUAAGUUUGCUCUUGUGGAGAUUGUUAAGGAGCUUCUGAAACCUGCUUGGAAAGAAGGUGGGAUGAACAAAGAUGCUUACAAGAACAUUGUCAAGAAAGUAGUUGACAAAGUCACCGGCGCAAUCCAAACCGGUAACGUUCCUCAGACACAAGAGAAGAUCGACCAUUAUCUUUCAGCUUCAAAACCAAAGCUUACCAAGCUUGUUCAGGCAUAUGUUAGCAAAGUCAAGAAGAGCUAA